CCUCCGCAGGUUCUCUUCCAGGAAGCGCGUCUGUACCAGUCGGAAUGCCGGGAAGAGAGAGCAUCCUUUCUGUCCAUUUCUGAGACGGAGGAGGAGACAGGAGCGAGGGAGAGACAGAGAGACACAGAGAGAGAGGCUGGGAGACAAGGGGCGGCGGUGGGGAAGAGGAGGAAGAGGAGGGGUGGCGAGAGGAAAGAGGAACAGACAUGGCUUCUAAAGAGCUCCCUGGCUCCGGGUUCAUGAGUGUGGACAAGGACAUGACAGAAAGCAUCAGGAAGAUUGUUGAUAAAUCAUCCAUAAGGUUUGUUUGUGGCAUCAAACUCGACACCAAAAAUGGCAAAACGGAGGACAGGAUUCUGGUUCUUGCAACCUGGCGUCUCUAUUUCCUGGCUCCAAAGAUUCCUGCUAAGGUAGAAACCACGUUCAACUUCCUGGAGAUCCGAGCUUUGAAUUCUCACCCCGAGCACCAGGUUAUCAUCGACACCGACAAGUCCAGUCACUCCCUGAGGUUUGACUCUCGCGACCACCUCAAUCACGUGGUCAGCCAUAUUAAUUUCUCUCUGUCUCGAAUAUUCAACAACUCCAUUUUUGCUCCAUCCAUCUGUCACUCAGACAGCGACCUUUCAGAGGGGAGCAGGAAGUACUCGCCCAGCUCCGAAACUUCAGUGGAGACACAAAGGGCCUGUGGAGGCUUCUCCGAGACCUACGCCGCUCUGUGCGACUAUAAUGGCAUCAGCUGCAAGGAGGAAGUGCAGUGGGAUGUGGACACCAUCUAUCACUCCCAAGACAACCGAGAGUUCAACCUGCUCGACUUCAGCCACCUGGAAAGCAGAGAUUUGGCGGUGAUUGUCGCAUCGAUGGCGUACAACACCUGGUUCACCAAGCUGUACUGCAAAGAUCUUCGCAUCGGAUCUGAGGUCACCGAGCAGGUCCUGCACACUGUCAGUAAAUCCUCCUGCCUGGAGGAGCUCACUCUGGAGAACGCCGGGUUGAAAUCGGACUUCCCUCAGAAGAUGUCAGCUGCUCUUUCAGAGAACCCUGCCGCGGUCAUUCACUCGCUCAACUUGGCCCACAACUCGCUGGACAACCAAGGUGUGUCCAACUUGAUCCAGCAGUUGUGUCGUCUCAGCAAAGGACUUCGCCUCCUCAACCUGUCCAAGACCUCCCUCACCUCCAAGGGCGUGGUGUCUCUCUCUCAAGCACUGUGCUCCAGCGAUGAAUACUCCAACUCCCUCCUGCACCUGGACCUGAGCAAGAACCCCGGGGUGCUCUCGGGGGACGAUGCCUCGAACUUGCAUCUCUUCCUGUCGCAGCCCAACUGCCUGGUCCACUUGGAUCUGUCGGGGACAGACUGCUCUGUCGACUCCCUAUUUGGGGCUCUUCUGAGGGGGUGUUGCGCUGAUCUUUCCUUUCUGAAUCUUUCCAAAAAUACAUUCUCCCACAGGAAAGUGAAGGACACGUUGCCGUUGUUCCGUCAGUUCUUCAGCUCGGCGUUCAGCCUCACCCACGUCAGCCUGGCCUCCAUGAAACUGCCCUCUGACGUCCUGAGGGCUCUCCUGGCAGGGUUAACCUCCAAUCCUCACAUCAACGAUCUUCAUCUGGACAUCAGCGGCUGCGAGCUAAGAUCUGCAGGAGCUGCUGUAAUCCAGGAACUUUUCCCCAGAGUGUCCUCCAUCGCUACGCUGGAUCUCUCCGACAACGGUCUCGAUGCAGACUUGCUCACGGUAGUCCCUGCCCUCUCAAGACACCCCUCCCUGAAACACCUUUAUCUGGGCAAGAACUUCAGCAUCAAAAGCAGGGUUCUGGAUGAAGUCCUGCAGAAGUUGGUGCAACUCAUACAGGAGGAGGAAUGUGCCCUGCAGACUCUGUCUCUGUCUGACUCACGUCUGCGCUCGCGGGGCACCGUCCUGGUCAACGCCUUGGGCAGCAACACGUGCCUGAGAAAAGUGGACCUGAGUGGGAACAACAUGGACGACAUCGGAGCCAAGAUGCUCAGCAAAGCCCUGCAGAUCAACACCACGCUCAGGAGUGUGACAUGGGAUCGCAACAACACGUCUGCAGCAGGAUUUCUGGAUGUGGCCCGAGCCCUGGAACAUAAUUUCACCUUGCAGUAUAUGCCCCUGCCCCUGAGUGACAUCAGCCAGGCGUACCGCAGCGCCCCCGAGAGGACGGAGCAGGCCCUGACCAAGAUCCAGCGUGCUCUGGUGAGGAACAACCAGACCCAGCGUUUCUCUCAGAGACAGGCUCUGCGGCUGCACCAGGGCCUGGUCACCAGCACCGCAGAACAGGUGAUGGAGCGCCUGUGUGUCCGUGUCCAACAGCAGGUGUGUUUGUUACGCGGUGUCGGAGAGGUGGAGGAGCUUCAAGCUGCUAAACAUGUGCUGAAAGAGGCCAGGAACUCUCGCGCUCUCUACCCUUCGCUGUGCGAGCUGGCUCAUGUGCUGUCUGUGGACGGACCUGUGCGGCAGAGACUGGACUCUCUGGCUGGUGAACUUACCAAAGCUGCAGACAAGGAGCUGCAGGUGAUUGUCGACUCAAUGGUGUCGCUCUGCCGAGAGCUCUGUCCUUUAUCAUCUUCUGCAGCCGAGAGAUUAAGUCCUACUCUCUCAUCUGUCUCCGAGCGCGUGUCCAUCCCCCGCUCUGCAAUUCGCACUGCCCUUAUGGAAAGAGCAGCGCAGGACAUUCACAGAGCUUUAGAAGAAGUAAAGCUGUCUGUGGUUUCCUAUCUCACCAACUCCAUCGUGGACCAGAUCCUACAGGAGCUCUACGCUACCCAUAAAACCCUGACUCGGCAGGUGUCUCAUAUCAAAUGCUGGGAGGGGACGUGUGAAGACGGAGCAGCUUGGAGAUUUAACAGACACAGAGACUCUCUGGACAUUACAGACGAGGAGAUCGGCACCAGCAUCGACACAAUAGCCAUCAAGAAGCGCAGCUCUAGAACAAGGAGAAUACGACCCGUCUCCACCAGGCUGAGCCUAUGUGACGACUCCAGCUCUUCUCCGCCUCCUUCUGUGCCAUCGUACUCGUCGCCGCUUUCCCACUCGGCCUCCUGGGAGGGCCUCUCCGAGCUGCCUACGCAGGGUCUGCCUCUCCACCACGUGACACGAGUUCGACCCAGACCUCCACGGAGGCACAAGGCAGGGAGCAUCUCUGCUGAGACACACUGCAGUGAAAAUGGAGGAAUAAGCCCUCUGGAUGAUGGACUCCCAGAUUUUUAUUCAAAAAGAGUUCUGCCUGAUAGUCAGCUGUCAUCUCUGCACAAAGCGCACUCUCUGAGGAGGAAGAAGAGGAGGAACAUGCUGGCUAUCUUCGGUUUCCGAAAGAACCGCAACCAAACUCUGUCCAACCUUGGGCCUGAGUCUGAAGCGGAGGCGCACGGCGACGGAUGUCACACGGUCCCUACGGCCCCCACAAGGACAGCAAUGGAGAAUGUCUACACGCUCCUGCAGCCUCCGAGGUCUGCUGCCAGAUCACCCAGCGAGGGGGCUGAUGGGAAAAUGAAUGAUCACCAGGGCAAAAGUACUCUCGCUCUGAGCCCGCCACCGGUGCCAGGCAUCUCCCACCCGAGCGCGGGAGGAGGCAUGCACCCCUUUUAUUCCCCCAGAGAGAUAUCUGAGGUGGAUGCUGUGUUUGAAAAGUCGGCGGAGAAAGACAAGUACUGGGCAGACGACAAACAGAGGACAACAGAGGUGGGGGACAAGGAGUGGAUGAUGGAGUACCAGCCGGGCGAUCAGCACGGGGAGAGGCAGUGGUUCGACGACAGACAAGGCGACAGGUUCUGGACGGAGAGCAGACAUCCGGACAGGCAUGUGGAUAGACAGUGGACCGUGGACAGACAUACCCAGCGACAGAUAGACAGAAAAAUAGAGAGACAGUGGAUGGGCGGCAGGCAGAUAGAAAGAUCGUGGUCGGAGAACAGGCAGAUGGACAUCCAGGCGGACGGUCCGUGGACUGACAGCAGACAACCGGGAAGAAAGACAGACAGACAAGUCAAGGCGCUUCAUUUGACUCAAAGGCCGAUGCCUCCGUACCCUCCGGAUACGACGCCCUCACCGAUACAGGAAAGCGACGCUCUGACAAGCACAGAGGCAGCAGCCAUAGAGUGGCAUUCACAGGACUCGCUGGGAGACAAACACACCGGUCCAGAUGUAGGUGGAGGCACCACGGACGGGUGGAGGGGCGGCGGAGGGGGCUUCUCCGUCAGUCGUGCAUCCAAACCAGAACCGCCACCACAAAGCAGUAAACCAAACCUGUCCAAGCUGAGGCAGAGACAUCGACGCCAGAGCUCAGACGCCCUGCCAGAGGAGGAAGGAGAAGACGAGAAGGAGCUUGAAAAGAUGGAGAAGAGAGAGAGAGAAAAAAGACAAGAUUCUGAAGGUCAACCCCCACCGAUUCCUGAAAAGCCAAAGACCUCCUCGCAUGUUACUUUCCCUAAAGAAUCAGCCAAUGAGAGGAGCUUACCGCCCCCUCCUCUACCGCCUCCCGUCAGCAAACACGGGCUACUGGACAGAGCCGCAAGUCAAGGUGAGGAAGGACUGAGACCUCAGGCACCAGUAAAACCACAGAGGAACAGGAAGGCCAUGUCCUGUGAUGCAGGCACUGAAAGGGAAAGCCCUAAUAACGUUGAGAAGCCCCCAAACCGCAAAGCCCCCGUGAAAAAACCUAGACUACCACAAAACAGAAAUAAGUCACUGGACUUGUCUGGUACAUGUCUCUCUGUUUCUCUGUAUAUGUGUGUGUUUAUGUGUGUGUUUGUGUAGCAGAUGCUGCACAGCGUGAGUCAAGCGUAAUCAGCUACAUCGACACUAUUGUUAUAUUUGUGCCUGUAAAUAUCAGUAUAUCUGUUGCUUAACAGCUGAAAAGAUGAAAGUAUUGAUCAAAUCAUAUUAAUGCGAGUUUCCUUAUUUUUUUUGCCUGCGUUGUUUUGGGGCGGUGUUGUUCCAGUCACAGACAGCGUCAACUCAGCGCCGGGUCACGGUGAGCUGCUGUGAGAGUUUUCCUGCCUCAGGCCAAAGUUUACACGGCAGCUGUGGAGAAUUUCAUCCAACAAGAACACAAAGAGUGGAGACGAGAGCCAGCGGAGGAGAGAUGGGAUGAUCGUCAAGCAUCAGUCACCUGCUUCUUUUCAAACCCCCUCUUUGCCCCCUCUUCAUCUCAACCGAGUUUCCUGUCUCUGCCUCUCCCUCACAUGAAAACCUGCUCAGCUCUUUCUGCAGCAGCAGUCCUUCAGCAGUGUUUGCUACUCUUAAAAAAAACCCAAAUGAUCAUUGUUGUCUGUGUUGAUGGACAGUGGGUUGCGUGCUAGAGCCGUGUGGCUUUGCUAGACAGAAGAAAAAGUUCCUUUAUUAGAAUGUGACUUUUCUUUUUCUUUUUUUUUUACCUGCAAGCAUUUGAUCAUUGAUACAGUUGAUUGCCUUGAUUGACACUUGAAAAUGAGUUGCUUCUUAUCAAAUGAAACUUGAUGAUUUAUAUCUAGUUUUGCUUUCAGGAAGUAAAGGUAAUAUAUUUUAUAGAGAAAAUAAAUAUUAUGUAUGAGCACCCUCACUGUAUGAAUAAACCAAA